CCCAUAGGAGCAGCAGGUGGCGGAGGUAGUCAGGUUAGGUAGUCAGUGUAUAUUUUGCGAAUGAGCGCAGGUGUAGUCACUAGUUAGUCGCAGGUGCGUACGGACCCACUGCGCGAGGUGUGCGUGCGUCGCUCGUGACCCUCGGCUUUCAUUCUUGUGGAGAUCGUGAUCGGGUAAAUGUUCCCACAGUGAUGGUGGCAAAAAAGUUGGUGUUCUGGUUUUGUUGACGAAGGACUGGUUCUAGGAUCGUCAAGGACGCCCCGAAAAAGUUUGAGAUAGUUGUAGAAAAGCGUUACUUGUGCUGCAGCCUCUCUCGCUCACAUCGCCUAGGUAGUGCGGGUGGUGGAGAUAACUUAAGGCCACCCACCGCCGCAAAGUGGCAGAGCGAGACAAAAGAAGCCGCAAGUCUUCAUCUCCAGCACAGCGCCGCCGCCACACAGCCGCACCAACAGCCGCAGCAUCGCCCGCCGGACGCCACAGAUGCUCAUUCCUGAAGUCGGAGGUCAGCCAACAGCCUUUUCUGUGCCUUCCACCUCCUCCGCCGGCAGCUGGCAGCCCCCCACCAUGACGGCGCUGCCCCCUGCUCUGCCGUACUACGCGCCAGGUAGUCGGGAGAUGUACAGCCCGGCGCGCCCCCUGGUUCUUCCGCCACAGACCGCCGUCGUGUCGUCUCCUGGAGGAGGCGUCGCGCCCAUGGAGGGCAUACGGUAUCCUCCUCCCACCGCCGCCGCCGCAGCCGCAGCGGCCCGUCACUACGACCUGGCACAACACGUCCUCUCACAGCACACAGCGGCCAUGGCUAAGCUCCUCGGCACCAUCCGGCCCCCCGGCAUGAUCGGGGGCUCGAAGCCGAAGGUGGCGACGCCGCAGGUGGUGAACAAGAUCGAGCAGUACAAGCGCGAGAACCCGACCAUCUUCGCGUGGGAGAUCCGCGAGAAGUUGAUCUCGGAGAGCGUCUGCACCAACUCCACCGCCCCGUCCGUCUCCUCCAUCAACAGAAUCCUCAGAAACCGCGCCGCAGAGCGCGCCGCGGCGGACUUCGCGCGCGCCGCGGGAUACGGGCUGUACAACCCCUACGCCGCGGCCGCGUCCAUGCCGUGGGCCAACCCCGCCGCAGCCGCAGCCGCCGCCGCCGCCUCGUCGCCCAUCUGGAGCGCCGCCGGAGUGCCGCACCCGGGCAUCCCUUCGGCCGCCUACUCGCCCUCCGCCGCCGCCGCCCUCGGCCUCCACCCCGCCCACGCCGACAAGCUGAACCUCGCGCCCUCCGUGCAGCCCCACCUCGACCACAGACCAGAAGACGUCGACUGCAGCGAGUCCCGAGGCGAGGGCUCCAGCAGCGACUGCGGCGACGACCGGCCGCCCACCGCCUCCUCCGCCCCUCCCACGCCCGCUUCGCCCACCUCCUCUUCCACGCCCGCGCCCACCAGCAAGAGCAAGAUCAGCUUCAGCGUCGAGUCCCGUCUCCUGGCUUCCCCGCCGCCCUCCUCCGCCCACCAGGGCCCCACGCCCGCAAGCCCAGCGCACCCCACGCCCACGAACCCCGGCCAGCCCACCCAGCCCACGCCCGAGGUCGGCCCCUUGGUCGCGCGGGCGGUGCCGGGCUGGCGCUAUCCCCGGUACCACCCGUGGCUGCACAACCUCACCCGGUAGAGCCACGGCGACCGCGCCCACGCCCGCGCGUCCACGGCGGCCCAGUGCGCCGCCCUUCUACACAGAACGCUAAACCUCAUAACUACAAACCUCAUUACUCGAAACUAAAAUCAUGUAAACCCAUAUUCUAUUAACAAAAAUGACAAAA